AGCCUUGCAGGCGUAGUCCCUGCAACUGCAAUUAAAUUCUACGUAUACGGCAACUGUAAAUAUCUUGGAGCGCAGAUGCUAGGGUGCGGAGAAGACGCGGCCAUAGUUCACGCCUACGCUGCCGUUGCCGCUGGGAUACCAACAGCGACUGCUACAAAUCCAAUCUGGCUUGUUAAAACAAGACUGCAGCUUGAUACCUCAACAGUUGAAACACUGACGUAA